AUGGCGCAUUCGCAUAACCACGAUCACGAGCACGGACACGAUCAUUCCGAUGGGCAUGGGCAUGGUCACAAGCAUGGUCGCUUUCAAUUAGAACGAAAGACACGACUACGUGCCGUCAUUGCCAUCUCCUUCUGUUUCUUCGCUGCAGAGAUCUCAGUCGGUUUCUACACUGGAUCCCUAGCCCUUGUAGCCGAUGCUUUCCACUAUCUCAACGACCUCAUCGGCUUCAUCGUCGCCCUCGUCGCCGUCGAAGUCUCCGAGCGCAAAACCUCCCCUCAAGACCUCUCCUUCGGCUGGGCCCGCGCCUCACUCCUCGGUGCCUUCUUCAACGGCGCCUUCCUCCUCGCUCUCGGCCUCAGCAUCGCCCUUCAAUCCAUCGAGCGCUUUGUCUCUAUCGAGCCCGUCGAGAACCCCAAGCUCGUCUUAAUCAUCGGCUGCAUCGGUCUCGGCCUCAACAUCAUCAGCGUGCUCUUCCUGCACGAACACGAUCAUGACCACGGAAACGGCGGCAUCGUCGAUGUCGAGAGCGGCUCCCCUACCCAGACGCACGCAGCGCACAUGCACAUCAUGGCCACGCCGAAGAAACACGGCAUGGAUCUCGGUAUCAUGGGUGUCCUAGUCCACGUCAUCGGCGACGCCAUCAACAACAUCGGCGUCAUCAUAUCCGCCGUCAUCAUCUGGUUUGUCAAGUCGCCCAGUCGCUUCUACGCCGAUCCAGCUGUUAGUAUGUGGAUCGCCAUUAUGAUCCUGAUCUCCGCCGUUCCCUUGACGAAGCGCAGCGGCAAGAUCCUCCUACAAUCUGCGCCGCUGGGCGUCAAGAUCGAAGACAUCAAGCACGACCUCGAGUCCAUACCGGGCGUGCAGAGCGUGCAUGAAUUACAUGUCUGGCGUCUGGAUCAGAAGAAGGCGAUUGCGAGUGCGCAUAUUGUCGUCAGCGAUCCCGAUAUUGCGAGCUUCAUGAAGAAGGCGCAGACGUUUAGGGAGUGUCUGCAUGCUUAUGGCAUUCACUCUGCGACGCUGCAGCCGGAGCUUGCGGGUUCGUCUGAGCACGAGAUCAAAGAUGCAUCGAAUGCAACGAGCGCGGCCAGCACGGCAAGGCCGAGUAUUGAGAAGUGCGGGUUGCCGUGUGGGGUUGUGUGCGAGGAAUUGAAGUGCUGUACUUGA